AUGAAUUCUCCUCCAAUUCAGGGACUUCUCUCCAGUCUAUCGAGACUUUUUACAAGUUUUGUUGAUAUGGUUGGCAUUUCUAACUCGGUGUACAUGUUGGACCGAAACGCAGCGGAGACUCAACGUCUUAAUAGUCAGCAUCGCUUUCUUGUCGAUCUCUCCAACCUCAUACACCCGUCGAUUCCAAAAGACCAACUUACAGCAGUGGCUGAUUUGGGCACUGGUACUGGAAUCUGGCUCGAAGACGUCGCCGACCUCCUUCCCAAUAAAUCGGUCUACCUUCACGGCUUCGACAUCUCCUCAAGUCAAUACCCACCACACCACAAGAUCCAACGACCUGGCCAAAACCCAAUCCCACUGAGUGUCCACAAUGCACUGGCCCCAUUCCCAGCAGAGCACCGUGGCCGAUACGACCUCGUGCACAUCCGACUCCUCACCGCAGGCCUGAAACAAGUUGAUUAUAUACGGGUGCUUACCAACGCGCGUGCUUUGCUCAAACCAAACGGAUGGAUCCAAUGGGAAGAAGUUGACCACACAUCGUUCUGCACCGACGCAGUCCCAGAACCAGAAGUGAUAACCCGACUGCGUGAAUGCGUGAUUGAAGCCAUGCUCAAACUAGGCCUAUGGCCGUUCGCUCCACAGCGUGUGUUCGAUGAGAUCUCUGCUUGUGGGUUUACCGAUGUCGUCCGUGAGACUUAUACUACUACUGGGAGGGAGCAUCUGCGGCAUAUUGCGCGGGAAUGGGUUGCCGGUGUUAUGCGUGCUUUGGUGCCGCCUUGUAUGGUUGCUAGCAGUCAAGCUCAGAAUAUCAAGCAGGCACGUGGGUUGACUGAGCAGUUGGUUCGUGAGUUCGAGGUCCAUUGUGAGACUGCGACUGCGCUGGUUAACUUUGGGGUUACGGUUGGUCGAAAAUUAUCAAUGUUUAUCGCCGCACUAGAUCAAACGAUCAUGGCAACAGCGAUCCCAACAAUCGCAGCGUAUUUCCACUCUUCUGCUGGGUAUACGUGGAUCGGCGGAGCGUAUCUCCUCAGCUCCGCCGCCAGCGCAUGUAUCUGGGCCAAGCUUUCUGAUAUCUGGGGACGGAAACCUAUCUUGCUUUUGGCUGUUGGGUGGUUUUUCCUCAGCUCGAUUAUUUGUGCUGCUGCCACUAGUAUGGAGAUGUUGAUCGCUGGUCGAGCGCUGCAGGGUGUCGCUGGUGGUGGUUUGCUCCAGCUCGUUACCAUUAUUAUUUCGGAUUUGUUCAGUGUCAGACACCGCAGUUUAUAUCUUGGCCUGAUGGAGGUCAUGUGGGCUUUUGCUGGUGGUGUUGGACCUCUGCUUGGCGGUGCAUUCAGUCAGUAUGUCACUUGGAGAUGGACUUACUGGAUCAAUCUACCGAUCUCCGGGUUCACGUUUGUGCUUCUUUUCUUUUUCUUGGAUGUGCAUAACCCCCAGACGAAAAUCAUGGAUGGCGUCCGCGCCAUCGACUGGUUCGGUAGCCUCUCCGUUCUGGGUCUUACUCUCAUGCUUCUGUUGGGAUUGGACUUUGGUGGUGAGACUUUUGCUUGGAAAUCACCGCAGGUCAUCUGUCUGAUUGUCUUUGGAUCUCUGUGUUCCUUGCUGUUCGUCUACAGCGAGAAGAAACUAGCCAAAUAUCCUUUAAUGCCCAUGGAUAUCUUCGCUCGGUUCUCGAACGUUGCGACAUUGCUAGUAGCCUUUGCGCAUGGCUUUGUUUUCAUCGCUGGGGAAUACUACAUCCCCCUUUACCUACAAUCCGUCCACGGCUCCUCACCAAUGGGCUCCGGCGUUCUCAUUCUCCCACUAGUGGUAAUGGAAGCCUUCUCUGGUAUGUUCACCGGGGCAAUCAUCCACCGCACAGGCCGAUACCUCGAACUCAUCUGGAUCGGCCUGGUACUACUGACCAUCGGAAACGGACUGUACAUCAACCUGGAAGUGGGAUCCUCCGUCGGCAAGAUAGUCGGGUACCAGAUGGUCAGCGGCCUCGGCGCCGGAUUCCUCUUCCAGACACCCAUCAUCGCAAUCCAGGCCAUGGUCUCACAGGAAGACACCGCGACCGCGACGGCAACAAUCGGCUUCAUUCGCAACAUGGCAACCGCGGCCUCCAUUGUGAUUGGCGGUGUUGUCUUCCAGAAUAGUAUGGGCCAGAGACAGUCCAGUUUGUUGGCUUCUGGUAUGUCGAGCAGCAUGGCGGCGCAGAUGUCUGGGGAUUCGGCGGCUGCGAGUAUCGAGUCGAUUAAAUUCAUUACGGAUCCCGAGCAGUUGCUUGCUGUUAGGGAGGCUUUUGCUUGGAGUUUGAGGAAUAUGUGGAUUCUUUAUACGUGCAUGUCUGCUGUUGGGGUGUUCUUUUCUGCUUUUAUUCUCAAGACUAAGUUGAAUAAGGAGCAUGUGGAGACUAAGACUGGGUUGAAUGUUGAGAAGACGCCGGUCGUUGAGGAGAAUAUACAUAGCAUAUAG